AUGCCCGAGCCAGAAGCCAUUCCGGAGUUCCAGGCUACUGCCGCCGACCUCUCGCCUCUUUCUCCAUCCCCUCUGCACUCCGCCGCUCCCGCCGUUGUGCCUGUCCUCCAGGAUACUGCUGACAUCCUCGAUGCAAUGUCUACCCAAACUAACGCAAUCGCCCAAGGCGGCCUGAACGCAGUCGCUCCCGGGUACAAGGCUGCGGCUGAAAUCACAAACGGCACCGCCAGCCAUGACGCUGCUGCCAACGCCAACGACCAGGACGACGACGACGACAGCCUCAACGCCUAUGGAGAGGAAGAAGAGACGAGCGCGGACAAGGUGCAGGAGCAACAAGUGGAGCAAGAUGCCGAGGAUGAAUACCUCAAGUACCUCGACUCUCAGGUCGAGGAAGGCGCUGAACAGGAUGAUGUAUCAAAGGCACCAGAAUCCAUGCACAAUUCCGCCGCGUCUGAUUCCUUGACAACCCAUCAAGUGGUUUCUCCGCCCGUCGCUGAUCCGUCCUCGGCCCGCCCUGCCGUCGCCCAGCAAUCAAGCCCAUCAGCUACCGCCACCUCGCGCGAUGCCCACGUCGAGGAUGACGCCGCCAUUGAGAUCUCUCAACUGCUCACUGAGAUGACCGGCCAGGCCAGCGAUGCCAACGAUCAAAGCCCGGCUGGCUCCGUCAAUGCCUCUGCCACUGCUCAGAACCAUGAAGCCCAACCCGCCUCCAGCUUGUCAUCGUCCGCCGCUGCCGCCACCCUUCCUCCAAGACCUCCAAUGCCCACCCAGGCAUCUGUCAUCUACUCCAAUCAGAACCCCCAUCCAUCCAGUACGGCCGCUCCGUACGUAGCCGCGGGUGCACCCGGCACCACGCCCGUCCAAAUGACUGCGCCGCCGUACUCCAAUCACCCUGAUACUAAUGACCGCAAGUCUCACUAUGACCAGUUCCUCGAGGUCGAGCGCUCCUACAUGGCGGAGGCCAAGUGGGAUAAGUUUCCAGAUGGCUCACGCAUCUUUAUUGGCAAUCUGUCGAGCGAACGUGUCUCCAAACGCGACGUAUUUGAAAUCUUUUGCAAAUACGGCCAGCUCGCCCAGAUCUCCCUCAAGAGUGCCUAUGGCUUCGUCCAGUAUCACAACCUGGAGGAUGCCCAAGCUGCUAUGAACAACCUGCAGGGCAUCGAGAUCAAGGGACGCAAGAUCCACCUUGAGUAUUCGAAAGUACAAAAGAGCAAGGGCGGCAAUGAGCGCAAUCGUUCACCCGACCGCGGUGGCCGUGGUGGUCGGCAAUCAGGCCGUCAAGACCGGCAUGAGGGAGGCCACAACGACCGACGUCGGGACGACUACAGACCUGGUCGCAACGCAUCUCCUCGCCGGAACGGCCACGCUAGAGGCGACAGCUACGGCAGAGAUGGUCACGGCCGGGACCGCUACUACGACGACCGUUCUCGAGGCCGCUCCAGAUCCCCCCAGAGCCACGGUCGCAACGACAAUUACCGCUGGCGCGAGCCCAGCCCGCCCAAGGCGUAUGAACGGCCUGGUGCAGAGCUUGACCUCCCUCGCCGCUACGGCAAUGACGUUCCGGACGUCCAAAUCCUUCUUCUCCAAGAGCUUGCCAACGAAUUCGUCGCAUGGGUUCAGCACCCCUUCACCGAAAAGGGCCUAAAGGUUGCUGUCAUGUUCUUCAACCCCAGAUUCCCUCGCGAGGCGCUCAUCUCACGACUGGCUGCGGAGGGUGUGCACGGCGUCGUCGAUCUCGACAUGCAGGCUCAUAAUUACGGAAGGAUUCCCUUAAGAGUUUUCAAGCAAGCCCCUGGUGGCCAAGCCAUGUUCGAAGACUAUGACAACAUUGAGCCCAAAAUCGCGGCAGAGCUCGUCCUCAGGCAAAAGGCCAGUGCAGCCCCGCCAUACCAGCCUCCCCCUCAGCAGCCCUACCCGGGCUACGGUGGUCAACCUUACGGAGGCCAGCCUCCUGCCCAUGCGCCCGCCUACCCUCUCCAGGGACAGCGCCUCCCGCCUCAAGCUGUUCCUCAGGCCCCAGCCGUUAACCAAGCCGACAUUGCAAGCAUUAUGAGCGGCGUCGACAACACCACUCUGCAGCAGCUGCUGGCGCAUUUUGGCGCGCAAGGAGGUGCACAUGGCGGACCUGCGGCCGCGCAGAUUCAGGCAAUGCUUGGCGGUCUUCAAGCAGCACCUGCAUCCGCGCCUCAGCCUGCUUCGUACGGCGGCCAGGCUUACGCCGUCAACGGUGCCGCAAACGGCCAUACCAACGGUCAUUCCCCUUCUGCACCCGCGGGCGGCGAUCAGGCCGCGCAGGUUGAGAACAUUAUGGCCCAGCUGGCUAAGUACCGACGGUGA